AGGCCGACAGAAGUGCGGAUCAGAUCAAGAUUGCCCCUUGAGCAGUCCCCUCUGCGACAGAGGUCGGUAUCGAUGCAAGGACAUUUGGAACUUCAAUGCUUCCAUGGGCAGAUGCAUUUGUGGACCUGGCUGUGAGCCGGAGGAGAUCCAAGUGGAUGCAACUGAGAGAAGGAAUGUGUCGGAAUGCCAUUAUCAGUGCAAACAGCGCUCCGAAUGCAAAGGCUUUCAGGGGAGCUACGAUGCCCAGAAGAACUUUAGCUGUACGCUCUACAGGAUUUCUGGAUCAGAUGAUGACAUGUUGCUGGAUGGCGAUCGGAUGAUUGGAGGUAUCUACUGCUUCCAUCGGGUGGCGCCGGAGCGCAAGUGCCACCAUCAUUUGGCAUGCCGGGCCAUGGAAUCAGGGCUGGAUUUGUGCUGUCCGGACCGGGAGGGAGAGAUGCUUGGCUGCUGCCAUUACCAGCAUGGAAUCCAGGUGGGUGGCUACGUGACGGCGAGUCUCGUGUUGCUGCUUGCCCUAUCCAUGUAUUGCAAUUGUCGAACGUGCGGUAAGUCAGACGUGGCCACCUCCGCGAGCGAUAUGCCUGGACGGCAAGAUGUGCGCUUUCCAAGCACGAGCACAAGCCCAGGUGCGGAUGCGCCAGUGGAUCCAAUGGGCACCCGGCGCUUCAUCCUUGCGUUCGUGAACUCAGGCUCUGGCGAUCAGAGCGGCGAGAACUUUCAGAAGGUCUUCCGCAGAUAUUUGGGCGCCCAGACGACCGGUCGGGUGUGCAAACUACCUGACGACUUGGAAGAUGGCUUUGAGGAAGCAGCCUCUCAGUUGAAGAAGAACAAUGAAGUGGCGAUCCUCGCCUGUGGCGGUGAUGGCACCGUCACCUGGAUCCUCUCAGAACUCAAUGCUCGAAAGUCCACCACCUUUGAUCAACUCAUGAUGCCCUCUGUGGGCAUUAUUCCCCUGGGUACCGGCAACGACUUGGCCAGAUCCCUAGGCUGGGGCCCAGCCUUGACGGAUACCUCUGACCUGCCGAAGUAUAUCCAACGCGCACGCUGUGCGGGGAAGGUGCUCUUAGAUCAGUGGAAGCUGGUCUUGAGACCCACUCAUUUGCUCCCGAGAUCCUUACAGCAAGAGGGCACGGUGGCCUUCAUAGGCUACUUCACCAACUACUUCUCCGUUGGCAUGGACGCUGCAACUGCCUUCGAGGUAGCAAAGGUUAGAUCAUCGCGAUUUGGGCAGUGCUGCUUUCGUACGCGAUGCAUACCACCAUGCCAGUUCAUCCAUGGUGGCCUUCUUUGCUACGGCAUGAACGCGCCAAACUGCUUGCGCUGCUUGUGCUGCCGCACCCGGCCACUGAACAAGGACGACUUGGAGGUCAAGCUCGACGGUGAAGACUUUCGCUUUGAUGGGCCCAUCCGGCAAUUCACCCUGACCAACUUGAACUCCUAUGGUGCAGGAAUGAUGCUUUACGGGUCCAAUGAGCACGUGAGCCCCAACGAUGGAAAGCUGGAGGUGUUCACCCGAGAAGGACCCUACGGUGUGGUGUCCAUGACCCUUAACAAGAAGCUGUUGCAGACCAGCUGUUGUGACAUCCCUGUCCUGCAUCAGCCCAAGAAAGUGGAGAUGAAGUUGAAAAGAGGACAAUAUUUCCAGAUGGACGGCGAACCGUGGGUUCUAAAUGCCCCAUGCACUGCCACGGUCGAGAGGCACACCCGAGUCAGCAUGCUUUGCCCCAACACGGAUGGCGCUGGGCCAGGCGAAUGGUCUGGCUGCCAGAAACGGCAUUUCUGGGAGCGAGUGGACACAGGAUUGCAUGGUGAGCAAGAACUGUCGCCCUUCGCCGUCGCCGCGGUCGCGCGUGAUGCGGCCUCCUCCGUGUGACGUCGGACGCCCGUCUUCACCGGGUCCGACGCGGAAGUCGACGGCGUUUUGAGGAGAGCUCGGGGCAUGGUGAAAGCGAUUGUUGGCUGCAGGAGUCUCACAGUCUCACCCAGCUUCACAGAAGUGGAUCGAGAGUUGGCCAGACUUGGCUUCCCU